AUGACCAGAGGUGUUUACGUGUGCCAGACUUCAUGCUGGGGAGGAGAACCUUCACAGAAGGAGUAUGCUGGUAGGAGAGCGGCCUUCAAAUGGGACUUUGUGGAACUCYAGUGGGACAAGUUACUAGUUACUACUAGUGUAAAAUCUGCCAUAGUUUUAAAGAACACCAAAAACUGGCAUGCACCAAAGUUGACAGAGCUGCUAAAGAAAUAUGAAGUUCCAAAGGAGACUCUAAGCCAUGUAAAUGAUGUCAGUGCAGCCAGAGAACUGAGGAAGCUGCAGAGGAAGAUCCAGAGGAUCGUGAAGGACUGGCUGGAACACUAUGGACGUGCCCUCGAUCAGCAUGGAAUUGACUCCACRCACACUAAGAAGAUGUUUGACUUUCCUCUGCGAUUCAUAAAGAAAUGCAAAAUCCAGUCUGCAGAUGCUCUCUCAUUUACCUCAGUCAUGCAGAGGUCACAAGGGAAGAGAAAGCAGAACAGCCAAGCUCCCAGGGCUUCUGAUUUAAUAGCCAGCAAUACCAAUGCAGAGAAACCACAUAUGGCUGCCUUCCAUUUAAGUAAACGGAGGAAUGUACAGAACAUCAGGGAUUCAAGGUUCAAGUCCCAGACUGCUUGUCCUGCUGUUCUUCGGAGAAUUAUGAUGGGGGAGGAAGGGAAGACAUGCARAUGUAGCAAUCGUAAGAUGCCCCAUGUGUCAGACCUGGAGUACGACCACCUCAUUAACAACCAGAUGCCCUCCAAGGAGCAGAUCAUAGUGAUCUGCGUCUCUUCUUCAUUACAAAUGAUCAACGAUCCUAGUGAAGAUGAAUUAGAGCAGCUCUAUGAAAGAAAAAACAAGAACAGAAGUAUGCCCUGUGCUCAGAGUUGUCUGGAUUCCUUUCGCCUCCUCAAAUACGACAUCAGCUCUGCAGAUGCAUAUACGGAUCAUAAAGGUUCUUUACUGGUGGAGAGACACAACGUAGCUCCUGGCAUGUUCUUGGUACGUGAAAACUCUUAUAACCUGUUAUUAACUUCUUGUGCUCUUUGUGUGAUCUGGUUGCAAAUGAUUGACUUUGGGCUUGACACAUCUUACAAAGCACAGUUCUACAUCACGUUCAUUACUGGUUACACUGCAGACAAAUAUAUCUUGAUGUACAUUCAAGGAAAGCUGCUCUUUGCCAACUAUAUUUUCAAUGGAUACAGCAAAUCAACUGAAGACCUUCAGAAACAAAUAGCUACGACAAGGAGUGAUUACCGCAUGGGUUACUGUCUCCCGAGCAAUUUCAGGUUCAGGAACAGAGCUCUUCUUUCUGAUAGCCAGAACUGA